AUGUCCCGCAAGGCGAGCGAGAAUGUGGAGUACACGCUGCGGAGCUUGAGCAGCCUCAUGGGCGAGCGCCGCAGGAAGCAGCAGGAGCCGGACGCGGCGAGCACGGCCGGGGAGCGCAGCCUUCUGGCGGCCGCGGAGUCGAGCGCCAGCCUGCAGGGCGCGGGCGCGGGCGGCGGCGGCGUCGGGGACCUGGAGCGCGCGGCGCGGCGGCAGUUCCAGCAGGACGAGACCCCCGCCUUCGUGUACGUGGUGGCAGUCUUCUCCGCGCUGGGCGGCUUCCUGUUCGGCUAUGACACCGGGGUGGUGUCGGGGGCCAUGCUGCUGCUCAAGCGGCAGCUCAGCCUGGACGCGAUGUGGCAGGAGCUGCUCGUGUCCAGCACGGUGGGGGCGGCCGCCGUCUCGGCGCUGGCCGGCGGGGCCCUCAACGGCGCCUUCGGCCGCCGCGCCGCCAUCCUGCUGGCCAGUGCCCUCUUCACCGCCGGCUCCGCGGUGCUGGCCGCGGCGAACAACAAGGAGACGCUGCUCGCCGGCCGCCUGGUUGUGGGGCUCGGCAUCGGCAUUGCUUCUAUGACGGUGCCAGUGUACAUUGCUGAGGUCUCACCCCCCAAUUUAAGAGGUCGAUUAGUCACCAUUAAUACACUCUUCAUCACAGGAGGGCAGUUCUUUGCAAGUGUUGUUGAUGGAGCCUUCAGUUAUCUUCAGAAAGAUGGAUGGAGGUACAUGCUGGGACUUGCAGCAAUUCCAGCAGUUAUACAGUUUUUUGGCUUUCUCUUUUUACCUGAAAGUCCUCGAUGGCUUAUUCAGAAAGGACAGACUCAAAAGGCCCGUAGAAUUUUAUCUCAGAUGCGUGGUAACCAGACCAUUGAUGAGGAGUAUGAUAGUAUCAAAAACAACAUUGAAGAGGAGGAAAAAGAGGUUGGCUCAGCUGGACCUGUGAUCUGCAGAAUGCUGAGUUAUCCCCCAACUCGCCGAGCGUUAAUUGUGGGUUGUGGUCUACAAAUGUUCCAACAGCUCUCAGGCAUUAACACCAUCAUGUACUACAGUGCAACCAUUCUGCAGAUGUCUGGUGUCGAAGAUGAUAGACUUGCAAUAUGGCUGGCUUCCAUUACAGCCUUCACAAAUUUCAUUUUCACACUUGUGGGUGUCUGGCUUGUUGAGAAAGUGGGCCGCAGGAAACUUACAUUUGGUAGUUUAGCAGGUACCACUGUAGCCCUCAUUAUUCUUGCUUUGGGAUUUCUGCUGUCAGCCCAGGUUUCUCCACCCAUCACUUUUAAGCCAAUAUCUCCUUUAGAUCAGAACACUACUUGCACAAGAUACAGUUACUGUAACGAAUGUAUGUUGGAUCCAGACUGCGGUUUCUGUUAUCAGAUGAAUAAAUCAACUGUCAUUGACUCUUCCUGUGUUCCAGUUAAUAAAGCAUCCACAAAUGAGGCAGCCUGGGGCAGGUGUGAAAAUGAAACCAAAUUCAAAACAGAAGAAGUAUUUUGGGCUUACAAUUUCUGCCCUACUCCAUACUCCUGGACUGCACUUCUGGGCCUUAUUUUAUAUCUUAUUUUCUUCGCACCUGGAAUGGGACCAAUGCCUUGGACUGUAAAUUCUGAAAUAUAUCCCCUUUGGGCAAGAAGCACAGGAAAUGCAUGUUCAUCCGGAAUAAAUUGGAUUUUCAAUGUUCUGGUGUCACUGACAUUUUUACACACAGCAGAGUAUCUUACAUACUAUGGAGCCUUCUUCCUUUAUGCUGGAUUCGCUUCGAUGGGUCUCCUUUUCAUCUACGGCUGUCUUCCUGAGACCAAAGGGAAAAAAUUAGAGGAAAUUGAAUCACUCUUUGACAACAGGCUAUGUACAUGUGGUGCUUCAGAUUCUGAUGAAGGGAGAUAUAUUGAAUAUAUUCGGGUAAAGGGAAGUAACUACCAUCUUUCUGACAACGAUGCUUCUGAUGUGGAAUAA